AUGGGACAAAAUACAACAGAUACUGUUGAUGAUAAUAAUGAGUUCAAAGUAGGGGUUGUUCUCGAUUUUGAUAGCUUAGUAUCAAAGAUUGGGUUGACAUCCAUGUCUAUGGCUCUCUCUGACUUUUAUUCUUCUACAAAUGAUACUCAUAAGAGAAAGCUGGUUCUCCACACUAGAGAUUCCCGUAGGGAUAUUUCUCAUGCAGCUUCUCAAGCUAAUGAUCUGAUAAAAAAUGUUGGAGUUCAAGCAAUCAUAGGACCAUUAACAUCAUUACAAGCUAUUAUCAUGGCUGAUCUCGGAAACAAAGCUCGGGUUCCUGUCAUUUCCUUUACCGCCACAAGUCCUACGGUUUCUACCUCUCGAAACCCUUAUUUCUUUCGAACAACACAAAGCGACUUGGCUCAAGUAAAUGUGAUUUAUGAUUUAGUGAAAACAUUUGGAUGGAGAGAUGUUGUACCCAUAUACGAAGACACGGAGUAUGGAAGAGGAGUCAUACCAUACUUAACCGAUGCAUUCCAAGCCAUCGAUACCAAAGUUCCUUACAGGAGCGUAAUUUCCCCUGCAGCUACUGAUGGUGAAAUUCUAAAAGCACUAUACAAAUUGAUGGCAAGGAAGACUAGAGUAUUUGUUGUGCACAUGACACCAUCCCUUGGAAUACGUGUUUUUCAAAAGGCGAAAAUGAUUGGGAUGAUGAGUGAAGGGUAUGCAUGGAUCAUUACAGAUGGGUUAAGUAAUAUCUUGGGCUCUUUCAAUUCUUCUGUUAUUGAUUCUAUGCAGGGAGUCUUGGGCGUAAGGCCAUAUAUUCCUAGGUCAAUAGAGUUUGGCGAAUUUCAAGCUCGAUGGAAAAAGAAGUUCGCACAAUAUAAUCAACAUACGGAGAACGUCGAACUGAACAUUUUUGGUUUAAGAGCUUAUGAUACAAUUUGGGCACUAGCAAAUGUGUUGGAGAGACUUGAGAUAACGAAUUCAUCAAGCCUGUUGGAACCACAAACAGUAUUUCCCGCUGCGCUGACAACAUCAAGUGUUCCCCAGAUAGGUCCUAUGCUUUUGCAGUUACUUCGCGAGACAAACUUUAAUGGCCUAAGUGGGGAUUUCAAUCUCAUCAACCGGGAAUUGCAAUCGAACGCCUUCCAAAUACUUAAUGUGAUUGGAAACGGGGGUAGAGAAAUUGGCAUUUGGACAACAUCGAAUGGUAUUUUACGUGACUCAAGCAGUUUGAUUACUACUAGAGCUAAAGAUUUCCCGGCGCCUAAAGAUAAUUUGCACGCUAUUAUAUGGCCUGGAGAAUCUACUGUUGUUCCAAAAGGUUGGGUGUUUCCAGAAGUGGGAAAAAAAUUAAGGAUUGGUGUUCCAGUAAAAGAGGGUUUUACUGAAUUUGUAAGAGUUACAAGGAAUAGUAGUUUCAACAAUUCCACUUAUGUAACUGGAUACUGCAUAGAUGUGUUCAAAGCUGCAUUAGAGAUGCUGCCCUAUCCGGUUCCAUAUGAAUUUGUUCCCUUCGAAAAAGCUGAUGGUACCACUGCCGGAACUUACGAUGACCUAGUAUAUAAUUUGAUUACUACUAGAGCUAAAGAUUUGCCGGCGCCUAAAGAUAAUUUGCACGCUAUUAUAUGGCCUGGAGAAUCUACUGUUGUUCCAAAAGGUUGGGUGUUUCCAGAAGUGGGAAAAAAAUUAAGGAUUGGUGUUCCAGUAAAAGAGGGUUUUACUGAAUUUGUAAGAGUUACAAGGAAUAGUAGUUUCAACAAUUCCACUUAUGUAACUGGAUACUGCAUAGAUGUGUUCAAAGCUGCAUUAGAGAUGCUGCCCUAUCCGGUUCCAUAUGAAUUUGUUCCCUUCGAAAAAGCUGAUGGUACCACUGCCGGAACUUACGAUGACCUAGUAUAUCAAGUUUAUGCACAGAAUUACGACGCUAUAGUUGGAGAUAUAACAAUUAGUGCAAAUAGAUCGGCCUACGUCGAAUUUACAUUACCUUAUACCCCAUCUGGGUUUUCGAUGAUUGUUCCGCUGAAGGAGGGCACGAGCAAUAAUCCAUGGAUAUUAUUUAAGCCUUUGAAUGCACAACUCUGGGUAGUGAGUGUUUUAUUUUUUAUCUUUACCGGGUUCGUGACUUGGAUGCUGGAACAUGACCAAAAUCCAGCUUUUCAGGGGAGAAUUCUGCAUCAACUAGAAACGAUGUUCUGGUUCUUUUUUACCACACCUGCUUUUGCUGAUCAGCAAAGGGUGCACAACGGUAUGGCUAAAGUUGUUGUGGUCAUAUGGGUAUUUGUUUUCCUCAUACUAAGUUCAAGUUACACAGCAAGUUUGACAUCAAUGUUAACAGUUCACCGGCUUGAACCUACUGUCACAGACGUACAUGAACUAAUAAAAAAUCACCAAAAUGUCGGUUACCUAGAUGGAACAUUUAUAUACACGAUGUUGCGGGGCAUGGGAUUUGAGGAGGCUAAUCUGAAACCCUACAUCUCUACUGAAGAUUUAAAGGAAGCUUUCACAGAAUUGAGAAAUAAGGAGGAUCGUAUUGUUGCUGGUUUUGGUGAAGCACCUUAUAACAGACUAUUCCUUGCAAAAUAUUGUCAUCAAUUUGCCUUGGUUGGACCAACUUACAAGACAGAAGGAUUUGGUUUUGUAUUUCCAAGAGGAUCACCUUUGGUCCCUGAUAUUUCAAGAGCAAUCUUAACUGUACGGGAGAGUGACAAAAUUACAAGAAUAGAACAAGCUUGGUUUGGGAACCAACAGAGCUGUGCAGACCCCAGCCCCAUGUUUUUCUCAACUAGUCUCAAUUUGGAUAGCUUUUGGGUUCUUUUCCUCAUAACAGGAAUUCCAACAGCUUUAGCCCUUCUGGUUGGCAUCCUGUUCAAGUGGGAUACUCCACUUGUUAGAAAAAUCAAAGAUUUGUGGGAAAGCUUUCAUCGUAACAACUCUAGUUUUGUUGAAGUGGCAACAAGCGUACGCGACGACGAAGGUCAGGGAACCUACCACAACCAGCCAAACAACAAUGACAACGGUAAAGCGCCUCUGAUUGAGCCAGACUCCAAGGGUAAAGGGCCGCUGAUUGAGUCAGUGUCAAAAAAUGAGAAAUACAAUGGUUUGGAUAACACGAAUUCCUUACACCAAAAGUUGAUCAUCAAAGGUUGA